CCAUGGCAACAGUUGGUCUUAGUUCUAGCAAAACUAUUUUUUUUUUUGGCGUUUCCCCUUGUUUAUGUUCUCUCUCCAGGUUCAAUAUCCUGCUUCUUAUUUUUGUCUCAGAUUUAUGAAUGGAUUGACAACUCCGAGCAUCCUUAUCUAUUACCUGGGGAUGUUGCAGUCCGACAGUAUUUGGUAUCAAAAGCUCAUGGAUUGGAAGCAGCAGAGAAGUAUUUCUUUAGCAUCCCAGAAAAUCUGAGAGCUUCUUGUGUGUAUGUCGCUCUUUUGAAUUGCUAUACUAAUGCAAAAUCAUUGAGAAAAGCAGAAGGUACAAUGCAAAAGAUGAGGGAUCCGGGGAAUGCUAAUGUAGAGGCAUACAAUAUUAUGAUGAACCUUUAUGUUAAAAUGGGAGACCUUCAGAAACUACACUCAUUGGUGCUAGAGAUGGAAGAUAAGGGAAUUACUGGUGAUGCAUUCUCCUAUACUAUCUGCUUGAAUGCUUAUGCAUCUGUUCCAGAUAUUAAGGAGAUGGAGAAGCCUUUGAUGAAGAUGGAAGUAGAUCCUCGGCUGAUUGAAUGGGAUGCUUAUACAGUCGCUGUUGGAAAUAAUAGACCCGCAAAAAUAAUAUUCAUGGUAUUAGUGAUAAACGCGGAACACUAAUUUAUGGUUAAAUCAGCAAGAAUAGAA